AUGCAGCUCAUUAGAGCCUGCAACCCGAGUCUGCCCACGGAGGGGUGGAAGUUCCUCAAGGCGUUUGACGAUAGCGUAGCAGAAUCUGGCGUGGAGACCAAAAGGGCCACGAUGCAGAUUCUGCUAUUACUAACAAAAGAAUCCAUCGAACCGCUGGCGAUAAGUGGCGGUCAGAUAAACAACGGAUUCACGAAAGUGAGGAUUACACCGUACAAGUCGGAUGCCGAUGCUGCAGACCAUCUAGCAUCAGAAAGCGAGGCAUGCGAAGUAGAGGAAGAUCCUAUGAAGUCCUCGAGCGAUGUAGAAAGUAUAGAGCAAGAUAUGGACCCCCUAACACCGAAGAUCAAGGAAGGUAUGGCUAUGGCUAUUGGCUGA